GGUGAUUCUGCUGAAUGAAACACAUGAAAAGACAACCCAUGCAAUCAUAGUGGCCCGAUGGAGGCAGUCGUGCACAAACUGGACUUCUUUGACUCUUUUUGCAACUACGCGAAGAAGAGUUCCUGCACCACCUCUUCUGAUCUCCACUGCACAGGACUUACAUUUGUGAUAAACUUCUCCACAUUUCCCUGAAAGUUGUUUGUUUUUAAAUGUUCAAAAUGUGAUCGGGACCGACACUUCUUUGGCAACCUGGGAGAUUUUUUGAGUCUUUACGAGGACCUUAGUCUGAGAGGCUCUGCUUUGUUUUGAUAUGUGCUGGCGAGGCUAGCUUCAUGUUUAGCCUUUCUUGAACCCGUCACAUCUUCAGAUUUUCAGCUGCCAUCUGUUCCACCUAUUUUUUAUUUUUUUUAUUUUUUUUUACCUGUUUAGUCUUAUAGGCGAGAAAGAAUAAAGAUGGGAAGUUUUGGGAGCAAGUUCCAGUCCCCUUCUCCAGGACCAGAGGAGAUUUUGGAGGGCAUCAGCAGCAGCAUCCACAAACACAGCUGUGAGUGUAAGAAGAGGAAACGCAAUGCACAGUGUGACUGUGAAAGUGAGCAGGAUGAUGAUGAUGCUGUGUUGGAUACACCGCGCAGAAAGAAAUUGAAAAGCACUUCCAGAUACAUAUAUCAAACUCUAUUUUUAAAUGGGGAAAAUAGCGACAUUCGCAUCUGUGCAUUAGGACAAGAGUGGAACCUUCACAAAGUAUAUCUUUGUCAGUCUGGAUAUUUUUCCAGCAUGUUUAGCGGCUCUUGGAAGGAAUCAAACAUGAUGGAGAUCAACCUGGAAAUUCCAGACCAAAACAUUGACACUGAGGCUCUUCAGGUUGUGUUUGGUUCACUAUAUCGAGAUGAUGUUCUGAUUAAACCCAGCAGAGUUGUCAGUAUAUUGGCUGCUGCUUGUAUGCUUCAACUGGAUGGCUUGAUCCAGCAGUGUGGAGAGACCAUGAAAGAAAACAUCAGUGCAAAGACUGUGUGUAGCUACUAUGCUUGUGCUAGUAUAUAUGGCUUAGAUUCAGUUAUGAAAAAAUGCCUUGAAUGGCUUCUCAACAAUCUAAUGACCCACCAGAAUGUCGAGUUGAUGAAGGAACUUGGCACAGAGAUAAUGGAACUGCUCAUUCAGUCAUCAGACCUGUUUGUUAUGCAAGUUGAAAUGGAUGUAUACACUGCCCUUAAAAAGUGGAUGUUUCUGCAGCUUAAUUCAUCAUGGGAUGGGCCUAUCAAACAACUACUUUCUGAUGCUGAUGCAUGGCUUUGUAAAAGGCGAACAGACCUUGGUGAACAAACACCCUUUUUAAACACGGAGGAUGGCACACCUUUUAGUUCAGUAUUUAAACAUGUUCGUCUUCAAUACAUUAUCAAUGACCUGGCAUCUGCACGCAUUCUGGAGAGAGACAAUAUUCUCCCACCAGACUGGCUCACAACAGUUUACAAAAAUCAGUGGUUUGCCAUGCUUAGGACUGAAUUUGACAAUGACAAUGGUCCUCAGGAAGCAAACAAGGAGGAAUUUGAACUGAGCAGUAUGCGGUGUGGCAGAAAGUUGACUAAAGAAGGAGAUUACUGCUGGCGUUGGACAGGGUUUAACUUUGGGUUUGAUUUGCUUGUAACCUACACAAAUCGCUUUAUUGUCUUUAAAAGAAAUACUCUUAGUCAGCCAUGUGGGGGUGCUGUCAGUCUCCAGCCAAGACGGCAUCUGGCAUACAGGUUACGCCUUGCCUCAUUCGAUAGCCGUGGAAAGCUGGUGUGCAGUCGCUCAACGGGUUACCAACUUCUUACAUUAGAAAAAGACCAGGAGUAUGUGGUGAUGAACCUGGACAGUCGUUUGUUGUCAUUCCCACUUUAUGUCUGCUGUAAUUUCCUGUAUACCUCAUCUCACUCAGACCAGAGAUCAGAUUCCCCUGAACAAGACAGCAGCACUCGCAGUGUGUCAUGAUCAAACACAAGACUACCAUUCCUCUGGUGGAGCUGAUGAACUGACAUAGAUUUGUAUGUAAAUAUACGACCACAUUUAAUACUCAUGUUGUCUGCAUGCUCUGUUCAUACUGUGUAUGUGAUGCUUUGGUAAAUUUGGUUCUGCAGUAACUGAAAGUUCAUGUAAAAAUCCCUUUUGCCUUCGGUGUACACUGUUUACACUGAUGUCUGGACCAUUAAUACUCUUAAAGUGUAUUCCUCUCAAUGAUAGAUUAUACUAAACCAUUAUCAAAUAUUUUUAGGGGAAUAGAAUUAUUGUUAAAAGGAGCUGGCUAGAUAUUAACCAAUUUAGCAAACACUGACACAUAAAAUACUUAAGACUGCUCAUUUCUAAGAAAAACAGGGCAUAGGGUGUCCAAAUAAAGGCAGUAUUUAAUUUUGCUAUAUAUAUAUGCUUUUCUUUGACCAAUGCAGUAGGAACGUGUAUUGCACUUUAAUGCAACUAAGAACUAGAGUUUUGUCAUAACAGCCUCCACUCUUCUCAGAUACCUUGUAGAUUGUACAUAGAAUGUCUUUAAUCAGCAAAAUAUUAAGUUAUAUGGUAAGAAUAUGUUAACAUACCAUAGUCGAAUAAUAAUGUGUAUUUUUUUUGUCUGCUAAAGGAACACAUCAUUUAGGAGGUUGUAAACUACAUGCAGUUAUGUAAUUUAUGUACAGUUAAUGUGGAUUAUCUGUUGGAUUACUGACAGCCUUGAGCCUUACUAGCCUGUGAUUUUUAUUUUGCACUGUCACAGAAUAUUUUGGUUAUUGGUUGUGCUGUUUUUCUAAUAUUUCAUAAAAUCAGGAAUAUUUAUAUUGUUCUUGUAGAUUUAGAUUUGGCCACAUUUGUAGGAGAUCUGCUGUUACCUCAUUUUGCAGAUGUAAAUAACAUACUGCUAUAUCAUGCAUGUUGAUCGACAAUUCUAAAAAGCACUCCAAUUAUAUCUCAAAAUUGGCUUAUUCAUUUUUAAAAAAAUAUAAUGGAAUGGAUAUUUUUUGACGUACAAGUUAUGACUUAAAAAUAAACUUCCCAUUUACUUGGGCUGUGGUGCUAAUAUG